ACGGAACUAUUUACUUGGCGGUAAAUAUUGUCCCGCUUGGGUUGUUCUUCAUGCAUUUUUUCACCAAUGCCUUGCUCUUUCGUAGUUCAUCUUUGCAGUUGUGUCGUUCCUUUUCGACUGGAAAGGUUAUAAUGGAUGCUGGAAAACGGGCUGCAGCAAGAUAUGCCGUUGACAAUUUUGUUAAGGUUAGUUCUAUUUUGUUAGCAUAGUUCUAACUUUUGGACGAGCUAAUGAAAUGAUUGGAGCUUUGUAUCAUGAUCGAUAUGGUGUAAGAAACGUCAUAGCGAGUGUUAAGAUAAAAUAAAACUAAACGUGCAUAGGCUCUAGCAAGGUGAAUUUCCUAACCUGAAUUUCCUAAAUCCUUUAGCGAACCGUUGUCAUCGUUCUGAGGGCGUCAACUGCAAGAGUGGGUUUAUACUUUGCGGACAUAAUAUUAUGGGGUGUUGGUAACCAGUUAUGGCUUUUGCACCAUUACACUAACUGAAUAGAAUUUAGUUGGAUUUUUCACCCCAUUUUAGACUAAAAUCGACAAAAUCUCUCCUGUAAACUACCAUUGCUGCCCAAAAUCAAACCCUUCUGCGUAUAAUCAUCGUGGAUGGCUGCGUGUAUCCCCCCCCACCACUCCCCCCCUUCUACUUCCGAACUCAAAUAACCUCUCUCUUAUCCACCCCUUCUAGGGGUGGUUCUGUUUCAAAGAGGAUUAAAUGGGAACUGCCAUGUUUUAUGCCAUGAUCCAUGUAUGCAGAGCUUCUGAUAAUUAUUAUUAUAUGAAAUGGCUUGAUUUUGAAAAGCAUCAGUACUAAAAAAGUGGCUAUUGUGAAGACGUCUGUUGUUAAGAGGUGGCAUUGUGCAUUGUUUUACAGCAGCCUGUAAAAAUUGCUGUAUAGUUGCCACAGAAGUUCAGGCUACCCACACAAAAUAAUUUUCUAAGAAAGAGAAUAUAUCAGUGAUAUUUGUUUCUUAACAAGUUUGUCCAAUAACAACAAACUUAUGAUAAAAAUAAAGCACUGAAAUGCACUUUUCACAGUCCCUAAAAUAUAAAUUUUCCUGGGGAUACAGUGUUCUGCUUAUCAGGAGGUAACCAGUAAAAUUUACUGCCUGAAGCAACACUUCUCACUGCCUGCAACUGCUUGAAGGUUUACUUAAAUUGAAUAUUAAAGUAGUUUUAAGAAAAUUAAUAUGCAGGUUGUGAUCUGAUUGGCUGAUUCUCACAAGUAAAUGAAUGAAUAUAUGGAAAAGUACUUAAGUAUACACAGCUUUUCUUUUCCUGGGCCAAGCAUUUUGGAAAGAGAACAUUGAAGACAGUCAGAGUUAACUUACUAGACUUAAACGUUUCAAAUUGUUGUCUACAUUUAAUGAUGACAAUGCCGUUUUGCAUAAAGCAGGCCUUAAAAUAAAGGAAUGACGUUUCAGAGAACUUAGCUCCUAAAUUUCCCAGUGAGGGUGGGGCUAAAAAAAAAAUUGCCCCUCACUCCAAGUCUACCCCCGCCCACAGGAAAUUGUGCCUGUGGCGCAUAUUAUCUUUUGCCUUACCUGCCAUGAAUGGUCCGUUACCUGCUGACCUAAAAUUUAGGGAGAACACUGGGGAUAGAAGGCAACCCCCAGCCUUAGGUAAUUCCACAUGCAGCUAAGCCCCAUUAAAGGCUUCCGCUUCUUUUGAUCUAAUUAAUCCAUUAUUGCCUACUUCAAUUUUUUCUCUCUCUACACUACUUUUUUUGGAAAACACUAAUGUCUUGGUGGUCUGGAUACCAAAGAUCUGACUGUGCUGACUUUUCCAGUUAGCAAAAUUUAUAUAUAUAUAUUUUUUAUAAUUUUGCACUACUAACAUUUAUGGUCAGCGUACUUGUUCUUGUUCUCUGUAGGAUAAUCAAGUGCUAGGGAUUGGAUCUGGUUCAACUAUAAUGUUUGCUGUUGAAAGAAUUGGUAUGUUGCCGUGUAUCAAUGUGGAAGUUGCUUCUUCCCCUAAUGAAGCACUACCCUGGACUUUGUUAAAAUAUCUGUAAAAAUCAACUUUGAGAUAUACAUGUAACCGCUAGAAACUGCUGUAAAGUCCCACACUCAUUUUACUUUGUUUAUUAGCUAGGAAAAAUUGUUUUAAAUCCAUUUGAAUUUGAACAAGAAUUUCUGAAAAUCACAAAUAAAAAUUUAAUUUAAAAAAAAACCGUUGCCUAUUAAUUGGCAAAAAUAAUAGAAAAUAAAUUAUUAUUAAACUGCAAAAAUGUACUCCCUACCCCCCCCCCAAAAAUCAUCAACCCAGAAAAAGACCUCCUGAAACAUUGAAAAUUACUAUAAAAUUCUGAAAAUAAGCCCCUCCAAACUCGUAAGGUUAGAAACCCUCUGUUAAAUCGACCCUCCAAAUAUAAGCCCUGUGGGGACUUGUACUUGGAAAUUGCCCUCAAAUACAAAGUAAAACAUUAAGCAAAAACGGUAAAUUUCCUUCCAACUGUAAGACUAGCCCAAUCGAUUUUGAAACGCAAAUUUCCCUCCAUAGAUGAGCCUCUCUGAAUGUAAACCCCUCCAAACUAAGCCCCUCAAAAGGGGCCUUUAAAAAAUAUAAGCCCCGGAGCUUAUUUUUGGAAUUUUACGGUACUCGGGAAACAAAAUUUACUGUUUCCCAAGGGACCAGUCAUUUUAAAGGUGUUUGACAUUACAAAUGUAGUUGUUUCAAACUUUUUUUGUCUUUUUAGCUGAAAGAGUGAAGGAUGAGAAAAUGAAUUUACUUUGUGUCCCAUCCUCAUUUCAGGUACAAUACAAUAACUCGCUUAGUAUUAUUAUUAUUAAUUACUAUUAUUAUUAUCCUCAUUAAACACAUCUUCUGAAUGGCUUGCUAGAGUCUUCUUUAUAACAUUAAGUUACCACCCACGACCUGAGGUGUCUAAGCCUUUGUGAAGGAUUGUGGCUGUUACCAGUAAUCAUGCUCUCUGCAAUGAUUCUGAAUGACAUGUGCACCAAUCUCUGAUAACCAUUUCUCUAUGGGCGCUUUCCAUUUAGUCAAAAUUUCCGGAAUUUCCGGUUCGGCGGUAAAUGGAACACGUUUCGUCGGUUCGUCCCACUGGAAAAUUCCUAGAAAAAGUGGAAAAUCUAAAAAGGUGGUCCCGUUUUCCCAGUUGGAAUUUCCGAACGGAAUGUCGUGUUCCAUUUACGUUGCUUGUAGUUUGUACCAGUUCCAGGUCCACGGUCGGGCACCCAGCCACGUACCGGGGUUUACGACCAAAUGGAACAACUUUUUACCAAUCGGAAAUUCCACUUUUGCUACCACCGAAAUUUCCGGGUUUUUUUCGUAAAUGGAAAGCGCCCUAUAUCUUUCGAGACAGUUCCUAAUGCACCAAUUCCGACUGGAUUACUCUGUGCAAUUGCGAGAUCCGCUUCAGGUCUUGGAAUGUCUCAUUUUCUCUUUCUCUUUGUCUUUCACUUGAGUGUCAAAUUCAUUGUUUAGAUGAAUCUUAUUGUCAGUUUGAAGUCCCACAGCAGCUUCUUGUUGUUAGUGGAUCGAUUCAUACACUGGUGGUGGCUCAUGGCUGUAAUAUUUUUCCUCCCUGUCAUAACCCAGCUUGUGUUGUUGUUGUUGUUACUAAAUUAUUAUUACUAUUAAUUUGUGUUAUCAAGGUUGUACCAACCAUUGCAUCAGGAAGUGCUGUUUCCCUUUUUUUUGUAUUGGAGACCAAAUCCUGAGAAUAUUACAUGUAGUUUUCAUUUGAAUCAGAGACAGGAAUUCUACAUCUCAAUGUACUUGAGGACCUUGCAAAUUUCAAAAAAAUUAUGUACAAUGUAUGGAUAGAUAAGCCUAUAUGGUUUUGUGGCCAUACAAACAUUCUUCUUUGUUUCAGGAAAUUCAUUGGCACAAUUUUGAUCUAGAAAAUCUGUAACUACAUCUUCUUGCAUUCACUAUUUUUUAUUGGUCACAACAGGCUCAGCAACUCAUCACCCAGUACAAAUUACAUCUCACUGAUCUGGACAGACAUCCUGAGGUAAGAAUUGACAUGAUUUAAACUUGUCUACACAGUCCUGACUGGGAUCUGGGAAAAGGAAAAAUUCAUUACAGUGAUGAUGCUGUGGAUUAUAGUGAAAGCAGUACAGUUGCUGUAUAUAAUGCUUCACUUGACCUAUUGGCCAUUUUCUCACUAUUCAAAACAUUACUAAUUAAAGGACUACGUCCAACAUUGAACCCUGAAUGUACUGUAUUCUAUUUGAAUAAAAUAAUUUGAUUUUUUUGCACUACAGUGGAACCCCUCUUUACGGAAACCCACUUAAUGACACCCGUAUAUAAUGGACAGUUUCAUUUGUCCGGACACUGAAAAAUCUCAUUAUAAUUAUAAGUUUCUCUAAAAAAAACCCGGCUUAAUAUGGACACUAUGGCAUAUGUCCCCUUUAAUUUGUGUCUGUAUAAACUGGGUUCCACUGUAAUAAUAUUAAAUAAUAAUAAUAAUAAUAAUUUAUUAAUUUGCUAUAGUGCCUUUUGACAUACAAUGUAAAAAAUGAUCAAAGGCGCUUUACAAAUUGUAACACACUAGUUAUAUUGGUCUUUAAAAAUUAAUCCAUGAUAGAUAAAAGUUAUAAAAAGGUAAAAAAGUACUACUGAUAAUAAAAACAUAAAUAAAAUAAGAAAUAUUUUAAAACUAUGGAAAAGCUAAUCUUAAAAGAUAUGUCUUGACUUUGAUGUCACGGAUGUGCACAGAAAGGCCCGUUUCACAAAGUAGGGGCAGCAGCGGAAAAUGAUCUAGCGCCUAAAGUUGCCAGCAUGUGCCCCUUAGGAUGUUCUAAAACAAUAGAGGAAUGCUCUCUGUACUUGUUAAGCCAUCAAAUGUUCACUGGGCUCAGGUGGCACAGACAGUGAGUACAUUUUGCUUAAAAAACACAUACCAGUGGUCCCAGUUACAGUGUCGCUUUAUACACUGUAUAGCACUGGGUUGCUGUUGGGACAGUGUAGGUUUGAUGGGGUUAGGACCACUCCUCAAGGAUUUUUACAUUGCGUUUUCAAUUACAUUUAGAACAUUGGUGCUAGAUACAUGACAACUAAUGGAGCUUUUUUUUGUUUGAAUUGAUUAACAGUUAGAUGUUGCCAUUGAUGGUGCAGAUGAUGUAGACAGUGACCUCAAUGUCAUAAAAGGAGGAGGGUAAGCCAACAUAUCAGUUGCAACUCGGUGGUCUAACAGAGGUGUGUCAAUAAUUGUUAUUAAUCGUCUAAAAGCGGUCUCCAGGAAGUUAGAGUUCAGAAUAAAAUGGAGAUCAAUACGAGAUGCUUUGAAGCAAUCAACACUGCUUGUUUGGAUAUUACUGUGUCUUUUCUUUGUUCUGAUAAACUAUGAAUGGAAUGUUUCAGUCUCUGAUCGUCAGACAUAAAAAGUCAUUUGUUUAUUUCUAUUCACUAAUCACAGGUAUUCCAAACGCACCACAUAUAUGUGUCUGAGCACUUUUCAUAAAUUGACACUUUGCAUUUUUUUUUUGUCAUUACAAUUUCCAGGGUUCAUUACACUGUAGGGGAAACAUAAAAAGUUCAACAACACAACGCCUUAUGGCUGUGAACCUGACACUCUAUAGCCUCUAUAUUGAUUACACUAUCAAUAAUUAUAAUGUAACCUUUAAAGUCAUUGGUGUACUAUUCAUUAAUGUAUUCUGACUGUGAAGACUGGGUCAUCCACUGUAUUUUAUUGUAAAUUGAGUGCAUUAACUUACUGUUAGCUAUGUGAUUUUUUCCCCAUCUAGAGGCUGCUUGACUCAAGAAAAAAUAGUAGCUUCAUGUGCAAAACAGUUUGUUGUUAUUGCAGAUGACAGGUAACAGUGAUUUCUGAAAAAUAAUACUGUUAGAUUAAAAUCUUUUGAUUCUAAACUGUUGUAGCUUAAACUUACUGGGAGAGACAGAAUUAUGUGUUUCACCUGCUGAUACCAUGUAAUUUCUUUAAGGACAUUUUUUGAAUAAAAACUUUUGCAAAAUAUUUACUGACUCUUUUUUACAUGAAACUUGCAGGAAACUGCAAAAAAACUGUAGUAUAAUUAUUUCUAGAUGCAAAUUUAACGGGAAAUUAACUGCUAUUUGGGUGGCUUUAGAGGUAGAAGGGUUUCAGUUACAUAGUGUUUGAGAAUCACAAAACUUUUUUGAUAUUAUAUAAACAUGCUUAAUACCGACACAUCAGUGUGAAGUGUAUAACGGGUCUACGGAACGCUUUAAUACCAACCACUGUUUUUUUUUUUUAACAACAGACGUUUAACCCCAAAUGUUGACUUAAGGUUUACAUGGAUAAUAUGUAAUGUUUGCGUUUGUUUUCUUUUUUAUAACGAUUGAGCUAAAAUAAAAUUACAGUUCGUUAUACUACUACACGAGAAAUUUCUGCAAUUUGAUUGGCCUAGAGCAGUGGUAUUUCAGCGUAAUUUGAAAUACCUACAUGUGAAAAUUUCAAACCUUUUGCGGGUAGUAGUAUAAACAAAUAAUAGCAUAAUUUGUACGUGAUAUUGGGCAUAAAUACCACUCGUGAUAUUUCAAAAUUGUCUCAAAUUUCACUCGCCUAACGGCUCGUGAAAUUACGUAUAACAAUUUCGAAACAUCACUCAUGGUAUUUAUGCCAAAUAUCACUACAAACCAUGCUAUUACCUAUACUUAAAAGAAAAACUUAAUAAGGCCCUCCCUCGAUUAUUAAGUGUCCUCCUUCCAAAAAGCACCUAUCCUUUUUAGCCGAAAUAAUAAAUAAGCGCCCGGGCGCCCGCGGUAUGUUGUAAGUAACUUGGGCUUUAUACGUUUAGAUAAUCCAAAGGAGGCAUGUACAUGUAUUGUACGUCACUUGGUUGAAGUGACGCUAACUGGGAUUUUUCUUUUCAGAAAGGAUUCAAAACAACUAGGGGAAAGUGUAAGUCCAUCCUCGGAGACCCAGGGACAGUUAGUCGGGACGAUAGAAUGUUCGUGGUGAAAGUUUACUGUAAGGCUUUCAUCACGAACAUUCUAUCGUCCCGACUAACUGUCCCUGGGUCUCCGAGGAUGAGUGUAAGUCGUGCAGUCAUUUUGUACCAUCUUAUAAGGCAUUAGCCAUCUUACAUCUUCCAAAGUUGCAAAUGAUUUUUUUUCCAUUCCUUAAUCAUGUUGAAACUAGCUAGCAGAACGUGGUGUCUCCUUGGCUGUGCAUGAUCUUGGUGUGUUACCGGCAGCUUUAAUACUCUUUUCCUUCUCUCAUCAGCCUCAAUGUCCUUAUGCCGGGUAAACGUAUUUAGUAAAAUCCAACUAGUGGUCUGUUAUCAAUGCUACAUUCUGAUUGGUUGAGCUACUAUGUUAUAGCCCACUAGUAGCGAAAAGCUCCGGCUUUUUGGCAGCAAAAAACGAUUAAAGUCUAGCUUUUGCUAGUUGUUUAGUCUCGAUAUCUUUGACCAACUAGUUGGAUGUUACUAAGACAAUUAUUCCUCUCGCCCUCAUGGCCUCUGAGUCAAUAACCCAUUCAGCCUUUCGGCCUCAUGGGCUAUUGACUCGGCGCCCAUUCGGGCUCGAGGAAUAAUUGUUAAAUAUAAAGAAAAAGGGUGUAGAAUGUUAUGCUCAUGAGUUCACAAUUCACUAGAUUUGGCGUCUCAGUUACCCUUUUAUUCUCGUUUUCAUAGAAUAGGCGAAGGUGCUGGUCUGGUCAAGUUACUACAAACAAUCUUAAAUUAUACCCCUGUUGUUGUCAGGCAGAGUAGAAAGCUGAGCUUGAAAACAACUGUUUUGCUCAUAACAAACUAGAAUAAGAGAAUGAUUGCGUCUCAUUUGUUUCAAUCGUUUCGUGUUGUAGUGGAAAAAAGGAAUUCCGGUGGAAGUGAUCCCUAUGGCGUAUGUACCGGUCAUGAAAAAGAUGGAGAAACUUGGACUAAAACCCGUUCUUAGAAUGGCAAAAGCUAAAGCCGUGAGUAGCAUUCUUUAUGCACAGACACUGCGGUCUCAGACUGCCUUAAAAACCACAUGCAUUUGUUGCUGGUUAAAUCCGUUGACAGUUUAAACCAGCAUUCGUGACUCCGAAUUUCCUUGAUUUCUUAGUAUUAAUCAGGGGUCAAAAAAUAAUAAUAGUAAAAUAGAUUCCGGCUUGCCCUUUGCUUGCCAAUGGUCACUCCUUGUUCGCCUCAGUUAUUGAUAUCAAUUGUUGGAUGAUGGUUUGUCGGGGCACUUGCCCAUUAGGCAAGUGAAAAUCGUCUUGUCUCGGGCUGGGACGUUCAAAGCAGGGUUAGGAUAACCCAGGGUUAGUAAAGUAAAUUUAGUUUUAUUAUUUUUGUCUACAAUUUGAUGAUUGGAAGCUCUAAAAAGAAUCGAGAAAAUUAUCCGGUAAAAUGCCGUUGAACAAAAAUGGAAAGAAUCCUAGGCUACAAUUUAACCCCGUGUUAGCGCUAAUCAGCCUUCUAACAACUGAGCCCCAGAAUACAAGACAGGACGUUUUUCGAGCCCUGGCAACCGAAAUUCUGGUUGAACCUGAGUAGGGAUUUUAUCUUAAAUAUAACCACGUGUACAUUGUACAUUGUAGGGUGAAGCGAAAUUCAGUAUCGUUGUUCUUUCAGCCGUUUCGCAUAUGACUUGCGUUUUCAAUUAUUAAAAUUGGAGUUAGUUGGGCCGCUAACCUGCGAACACAUGUAGUAGACUGGAUAUCUGGUAAAAGAGGAAGUGAGAAGUGCAUGCAAAGCUUUUAAGCGCAUUUUUGACCCCAGUGCUUGUGAGUGCGCGUGUAAAGGAGCACUUCUCUCGCUGGCGGUCAUGCGCAACAGAGUUUAGGUGGAGAUUGCCCUGAAGCGUAGCUGGCGGUUUUGUUUGGUAGCACGCGGUUUUCCCCAUUCUCCUCGCGGCUUCGCCGUCGCUCACGCGCGAGCUACCCAACAAAACCGCUAGCCAUGCAUGCAGGCUAUUUAGCCAAGUGGUUUUGGUCGCUGGAUUUCAACGCGUUUUCCUUAAGGCCAUAUCCUUUUCGUGUAACAGAAGUUUUUAUCUGUUAUCCCUUAGUUCAAUUCCUCGGUCAGUCUUCAGUGAAUACGCCAACUUGUUUGCCUCCUUCCAGUUGGAAUUUUUUAACUUUUCAUUUGAAUUAUUUGUUUUAUGUCCCUAAAAAACCCUUUUAUGUAUAGUUUUACUAAGUGAAAAGUAUAAAUAUUCAUCCACUUCAUGGUUAUCUAUUUCAAGUCUUCGUUUGCGGAUACAUGAACCCCUUUCACCAUCUUCACAAGGGGGAAGAACGUUUGUCCACGUUAUCUCCAAUUAAAGCACUUUACUAUUCUUUCCCCACAGGGUCCUGUGGUGACGGAUAACAGUAAUUUCAUCGUUGAUUGCCUUUUUGACAAGGUAGAUUAUUAUUUGGGUAUUUUUUCCGCUUUAGACUAGUCUUAAAACGAUUGUUGUACACUUUUGCCGUCAUUACGCAAAGUGCAAAGUGUCUAAUAUAGAACAGAACAGAAACAGAACAGAACUGAAAUGAAACAACGUUAGCUGUGGUAGUAUUUUAAAAAACUGGAUGUUUUGGUCGAGCGGUUUCAGUAAACUCAUAUUUUAAGGGAAUAACAUGUAGGUGUCAUGGAACCUUGGCUUGCCGGUUUUUCGAGGGACUAAAGGCUUUUCUCUAAUUUGUGUCAUACUUUUAGGUUUACGACUGGAAAGAAUUAAACACACAGCUGAACUUGAUACCAGGUGAAGAAUUUAUCUUUUAAAGUCGGAUCCAAUAAAACACAUAAAAGUAGUUCCGUGGAGGAAAUCGUAGGGUAAAGGCCAUCAAACAGUGCAUCUCUUUGCUGAUUGUUAUACAAACUGGCAAAGUACACUAUCUUUACAAAGUGGCUGUAACCUUGAGUCUGUGGAUAAAAUCCUUUAGCGUGACGUUUAAAUUCAUAAAUGUUACCGAGCAGGACUUUUCUAAGGUCUUCUUUUUAUUGUGCUGUAUAGUACAAAGUGGCUCUUAGUUUUGAGUCUGUAGAUGUAAUCCUCCGUUGUAAUCACUCAAACGAAAGCUACUAAGCAAGCAGUAAAGAGUUUCCUGUAAUGUUAAUUAUCACCCUCUGCAAGGUGUCUGUACCUUUAGAGUGCUCGGAGAGUAUUACCUUUUUUUCCAAAAAAUUUCCGUCUGAAUGAACCGUUCCAUUCGAUUUCACCCCUGAAAUACCGGGAAAUAUAGAUGGUAUGCGCUUAAUGGCCUUGUACUAUUUUCGGCGCAAAACAUUAACCACUAUCCGUUUGUACCUACAACAGCAGUGACAAUUACUGUAACCCGUGUUCUGAUUAUUCAUUCAAAAUAAUUCUAAUUUACUCAAAUCCCCCGCUUAGCCCUUUACUAGCUAGCGUUGACCUAAUUUGGAAGAUGUUUGCGAUAUCCGGAAAAAUGACAUCAAUAAUGACAUCACUAGUACAGGAUAUCGCCCGAAAAAAGGGACGCCAACCGAGUAGCUCUGGAUACGAGGUUGCGUUAGCUCAGCCGGCCUGGUAGAGCUGGAGAAUAAGGCGGAAAAUUUCAUACCUUCUGCGAAGAAUAAAUAGCCGUACGUCUGUCUAAAAGUAUUAGCAACCGCAGUAAAAAUAUAACUCGAUGUCAGAUGAAGACUUGUAUUUGAAGAAUAUCUGAUAGACUUAAUAUCCCUUUAAAUCCUGAUUUUACUCAAGAACAGGCAAAUGAAGGCGAUGGAAGUAAGCAUGCUUUUAAAAGAAGGAAUUGUUUUAAAUGAAUAAUAUAACGAUGAUCGAACUCGGCUUUUCUUUUAUACAUAUCUAGGAGGCAAAUUACCCUUUAGCCGAUAGUACCCUAAUGGAUAUGCAUAAUUCUGCAGAACAAACUCUGCCUCAUCCAAUAAUUGCUUUAUAUUCAUUUCUCUUCAGUGUGUAAUUUUAACAAUAACUGCACCGUAAGCCUACUUUAAUUGAAUAUAAUAUGAAAGGUAAAACUGGAGGAAAAAGCGAACGGCAAAGAGUAAUAUGAAACGGAAGACCAUAACUUCCCAGACGUACUUUUAGUUAUAGCCUGGGGGUAGUAGAUCUACGAAACCUGGAUUUGGAUCAGUCUUGCCAAAAGCGUAGCCCAAAUUCUUUCUCCUGCAAACGCUUUUCAACGUUGUUUCUUUCUCUAUGUUGUCGUAGGUGUGGUCGAAACAGGACUGUUCAUAGAAAUGGUAGAAUGUGCCAUAUUUGGAAAAGAGGAUGGUUCAGUGAACAGACGAUAACAAGAACGCUUGAUGCGCAUGCUCUCCAUCAGAGUCAUGCGCAAACAAGAAUCUUGUUGUUAAAGAAAGAAAGUGUCACAGGGAAUAGCCAAUAACACCAGCCAAGGGUGUUAAUACACGUACUCUCUGUUGAUUUAGGAGAUCAUUUAAUACUUUAACCCCUUCUGACAUAUUUAAGUUAAUUCAACAUAUUUAUCAAUCGAAUCUAGUAUCAUGCUUUUGUGAUGUUACUGUUUUUUGCUCUUUAUGGCCUUAGUGUAAAUCAAGGUUGGUACAGGUCAUGGAAAACCUGCAAAGUCAUGGAAUUUAAGCAUUUCAUUUUCCAGGCCUGGGAAGUCAUGGAAUUUAAUUGUUGGUCUUCAUUGGAAAGUCAUGGACAAUCAAAGUUUUGUUUCGUGAUAGAUAAGUUACUGCAGAUGACAAGGCAAUGACAAUGUAAGAUGAAGAGAAAUAAUUAACCAGCGCAAACGGCACACAUUGUGGUGGACAUCAGAGUUUGUGUCUGUUUAGUGAACUGUUUAAAGGUCCAAAAAUAACCUAAAACAAGGAAAGUUUUUAACAUUUUUGAAAGUGACCGCUAAACCUAGUGUCUUGGAAAACUUAAAAAAGGUCACGCAAAAAAGUUAUGGAAAGUCAAGGACUUUGAAGAGCUUAAAAGAGUACAAACCCCGUAAAUUGUAUUCAAUCAAAGACGAAACCCGUGAAGGGUUUAGAAGUAGGCUCCGAGUUAUCAAGUUUUGUCAACUUUCCCAUCCCAUGUGUGCUAAGUAAUAUACCAUGGGACAACAAACGCGCGAAGUCUUUCGUUUGAUUUUAAAGAAAAACAAGGCAUGACAGAGAUCUCAGUCAAGUAACCGAACUUCCAGGUAUCUUCAGUUAACAACGCAUGAGAUGCUUUUAGUGUUGAGUUUCUCAAAUGAUUUCAAAGGAUCAGCAACAACAAUUAAUGAAGAAUAAAGGUCAG